AAUGAGUUUCAUACCAAAAAGAUCAGCAAGUACUCACAAUACUGGUUUUAGUUCAAUUAUGAUUUUUGCCUAUGAAGAUGUUGCAGAAGGUAUAGUUGAUAGCGACUUUUAUACAGAUAUAGCCGCAGCAAAUAACGGGGCAACUUGUUUGGCCAAAUCCGUAUACAGUAGUAAAUACCUUUGUAAAAAUGCAAUAGAUUUUGUUAGUGGAGCUUUUGGUGGCUAUGAAGAAUGGGUUGGUAAUUGUCAGGGUACUACUUGCAUUGGUCAAUAUCUUAAAGUUACCUUUAAAAUCUUUGGAAUUCCUAUUGUUUAUUGUUUCGCCAAUAGACAAACUUCUAAUAAGUAUAUUACAAAAUUGAAAGUAAAAUGGAGUUCUGGUAUUGAGGAAUAUGCUGCUUUAAAAACAAAUAAACAUCAGAAAUGUUUCAAAUAUUCAAAUAUGUUUAUUGAAACUGAAUUAUAUGUUGAAGUUGUUGAAAAAUAUGCAACUCAAAAUAUUGGGCUUAGUCUUGUUCAAGUGUUUGCCAAAGGUCUGGAAAAGAAAGAAUAUGUUAUUCAAGGUACUGAAUUUCAACAGUACACACUUCCGCCUUAUGUUCAAAACAGUUUUAAUGCAAUUUCAUUCAGUUUAUUUGCGCAUAGAAGCUCUGUAGAUAAUAAUUGUGGUGAUUUUCUUUUAGCUUUCUCUUACAACAAUAGAACAACUUUUCAAGUUUUCUUAUCAAAUUUAAUUGAAAGCUAUAUUGUAAUGUUUUCCCAAGAAACUGAUCUUUAUGAUAAAGACACAAUUCAAGAAUAUAUCAUUUGUGAUGAAUGGAAUCAUUUCUGGAUAACUGCUUCAAAUGAUGCUAUCAAAUUGGGUAAAGGAUUGCUAUAUAAUAAAAAUACACUAAUAACUACUCAUCAACCACCUGAAAUCAAUGGUUUGUCAAAGAAAAUAGAAGUGAAUUUUUUAUCAUGA